AUGAUCAAAUUGCUCAACGCUGAAGAAUCUCGUCAAAUCGAUUUGGCUCUCAUGGGAGAAGAAUUUGGAUUUGUAAACGAUUCAUUGAUGGAAAUGGCAGGCAUGUCGGUGGCUCAUGCCUGUGUGAAAGCAUUUCCUUUGAAACAAAUUUCAAAUUCCAAAUUUUUAGUGAUUCUUUAUCCAAAAAAAGAAUCUGCAGAAAAAGAUUUAUUUAAAAGACUUAUUUUGCAAUGCACCACUUUGGGAAUUCCAAUAUAUUUCAGCUUGGAUGAAUUAUUUCAAAAUUAUGAUUUGACAUAUUUUACUUUUAUUUUGGAUGCAAUAUUUGGAUAUUCUUUUUCUGGAAAGUCAGGAAUUAGAGAACCAUUUAAAAUAGUCAUCGAAACAGUCAAGAAACCAGAAUAUUCCUCCAUACCAGUGGUCAGUAUUGACAUUCCAAGUGGAUGGGAAAUUGACACUGUGGAUAUCGACGAAAAUCUAAAACUUGGUUUACGAUGUGACAUUUUGGUAUCAUUACCUUCUCCAAAAUUAUGUUCAUUGAAUUUUAAGGGACGACACUUUAUUGGAGGUCGAUUCAUGCCACCUCAAUUGUUAAAACAAUUUGGAAUUGAUUUACCUUCCUAUCAAGGGACAGAGAUCAUUAUGGAAAUAACAUCGGAUAUGCUGAGAAUGCCAUAG